ACUGCUUUCAAAUCCACUCUGAAGAACUGGUACAGUGACUUCUGGUUGGGUUCUAUUGUCAUUGGUGCAGUUCCGGCAUGGGCUGUAUGGCUAUUUGCUGCCUGUUUUCUGCUCAUAAUCGCUGUACUACUACUGGAUUACUGUGUAAUACGACGUAAUGCACUUGGUAAUACAUGCUGUACACGAUCACGUCAGAAACGAAAUACACCCAGUGCUAUACAUCAAAAGCGGUCGACCAACAUGCUCCUAAAUGUAUGA